AUGUCUCCUGCCUGGAAUCGUCUCAUCCGUUUCGUUGCUUCUGAUGGCAACACUUAUUAUGGCGAGCCCAUUGUUGCUUCCGAAGAUGCCACUGUCGACCAACUUGCCACUCAAGGCACUCUUGAAGCCAAGGUUAUCUCUGGCGAUGCUCUUUCUGAUGAUGCUGUUGUUACCGAUCAAGUUGUCAAGGUAUCCAAAUUGCUUGCUCCUCUUGCCCAAUCCGAGGUUCCCAUUUUCAAGUGCGUUGGCCUUAACUACAAGGCACACAUUGCUGAAGGUGGUCGCACUCCUCCUCCUUAUCCAUCCAUCUUUAUCAAGCCCACCCAUUCUCAUGCCGAUGCUUUUGAGGAUAUUCCUAUUCCCAAGCUUGCCCAUCCUACCACUGAUUAUGAGGGUGAAUUGGCUAUUGUGAUUGGCAAAACCGGCAAGGAUAUCCCUAUCGACAAGGUAUCUGAAUACAUUGCAGGUUAUACCACUUGCAACGACGUAUCCAACCGCCAAUGGCAACGUGAUCCCAAGUUUGCUGGUGGUGUUCCCCAAUGGUGCUUCUCAAAGGGCUUUGACAAGUACGCACCUUUUGGUCCUGCCAUUGUAUCUAACAAGGUUCUUGGAGAACGUCCUGGUUUGGAUCUCACCACCAAGGUGAAUGGUGAAGUACGCCAAAGCACCAAUACCUCCGAUCUCUUGUUCCAUGUACCAGAAAUUGUAUCCUUUGUCUCUCAAGGUACCACCGUUGAAAAGGGUACCAUCAUCUUGACCGGUACUCCCGCUGGUGUGGCUAUGGGUAUGAAGGAACCCAAGUGGCUCAAGGACGGUGAUGUCGUCGAAGUUGAAAUUGCAAAGAUUGGCAAGAUUUCCAACAAGAUGGUCUUUGCAUAA